CCAAGCCUGAUCCAUCUCUCAACUUCCCCUGCGGAUACAUCACCUACAUCACUGCUUCGACUCUUCCGCAGCUCCUUCAACUCUUGAACCAGCACAUCAACCUUUGCCAUCACCACCUCUGCUUAGGAUUCUUCAACCGUCGAAGUUCCUAGAUAUCCCUCUUUAUUUCGGUUUAUCCUCCCUUUCAAGGCUCAGCGCUCCUUGAUCUCCCUCCACAUCACCGCAGCCGGUUUCCGAUCUUCCCACACCUAUCUUCACAUCUAUCAAGAUGUCUGAGCAACCUGAUCAUACUCACCACAAGCCUCACCACAAGGUCAACUUGAAUGAUGCCUCUGGCGCAGAGAAGAGAGAAGAGCUCGAUACCUCAACCGCCAUCCUCAAGAAAAAGAAGAAGCCAAAUUCGUUGAUUGUCACGGACGCCACCAACGAUGACAACUCCAUCAUAGCUUUAUCUAACAACACUAUGGAGACGCUGCAGCUCUUCAGAGGCGAUACAGUGCUUGUCAAGGGAAAGAAGCGGAAAGAUACUGUUCUCAUCGUCCUUGCCGAUGAUGACCUCGAUGAUGGGAGUGCCCGUAUCAAUCGGGUUGUUCGUCACAACUUAAGAGUCAAGCAUGGAGACAUCAUCACAGUGCAUCCUUGUCCCGACAUCAAAUACGCGAAACGAAUUGCUGUCCUUCCUAUCGCCGAUACCGUCGAAGGUCUAACCGGGUCUCUCUUCGAUGUCUUCCUUGCUCCCUACUUCCGCGAAGCCUACCGACCCGUCCGACAAGGAGAUCUUUUCACUGUUCGAGCAAGUAUGAGACAAGUGGAAUUCAAGGUCGUCGAGGUGGAUCCGCCUGAGUAUGGUAUCGUUGCACAAGACACCGUCAUUCACUGCGAAGGCGAGCCCAUUCAGCGAGAAGAUGAGGAAGGAAACUUAAACGAGGUCGGCUACGAUGACAUUGGUGGCUGCAGAAAACAAAUGGCACAAAUCCGAGAGUUGGUGGAGUUGCCUCUCCGACAUCCUCAGCUAUUCAAGUCUAUCGGCAUCAAGCCACCUCGAGGUAUCCUGAUGUUCGGCCCUCCCGGAACCGGUAAGACUUUGAUGGCCCGAGCUGUGGCGAACGAGACCGGUGCAUUCUUUUUCCUUAUCAACGGACCCGAAAUCAUGUCUAAGAUGGCCGGUGAAUCCGAGUCCAACCUGAGAAAGGCUUUCGAAGAGGCUGAGAAGAACUCGCCUGCCAUCAUCUUUAUCGACGAAAUCGACUCAAUCGCUCCUAAGAGAGAGAAGACCAAUGGCGAAGUUGAGAGACGUGUGGUUUCUCAGCUACUUACUCUCAUGGACGGCAUGAAGGCUCGUUCCAAUGUUGUUGUCAUGGCCGCCACCAACCGACCGAACUCGAUCGAUCCUGCUCUUCGACGAUUCGGCCGUUUCGACCGUGAAGUCGAUAUUGGUAUUCCCGAUCCUACCGGUCGUCUGGAAAUCCUUCAGAUCCACACGAAGAACAUGAAACUCGCCGAUGAUGUUGAUCUCGAGUCGAUUGCCGCCGAGACUCAUGGUUACGUCGGUUCUGAUAUUGCGUCCCUCUGCUCAGAAGCUGCCAUGCAGCAAAUUCGUGAGAAGAUGGACCUUAUCGACCUUGAUGAGGACACCAUCGACGCCGAGGUCUUGGAUUCUUUGGGUGUCACCAUGGAAAACUUCCGUUUCGCUCUUGGUGUUUCCAACCCAUCUGCUCUCCGCGAGGUCGCUGUUGUCGAAGUUCCCAAUGUUCGCUGGGACGACAUUGGUGGUCUCGAGAACGUCAAGCGCGAACUCAUCGAAUCCGUCCAAUAUCCUGUCGACCAUCCAGAGAAAUUCCUCAAAUUUGGCCUUUCCCCGUCUCGCGGUGUUCUGUUCUAUGGCCCACCAGGUACGGGUAAGACCAUGCUUGCCAAAGCUGUCGCCAACGAGUGUGCCGCAAACUUCAUCUCCGUCAAGGGUCCAGAACUCUUGAGUAUGUGGUUUGGUGAAUCCGAGAGCAAUAUUCGAGACAUCUUCGACAAGGCACGAGCCGCUGCACCUUGUGUCGUCUUCCUUGACGAACUUGACUCGAUCGCCAAGUCUCGUGGUGGUUCAGUCGGUGAUGCUGGUGGUGCUUCUGACCGUGUUGUCAACCAGCUGCUUACCGAGAUGGACGGUAUGACUUCAAAGAAGAACGUUUUCGUCAUUGGUGCUACCAACAGACCUGAGCAGCUCGACAAUGCUCUUUGCCGACCUGGCCGUCUCGAUACUUUGGUCUAUGUCCCCCUGCCAGACGAGGCUUCUCGUGCCGGUAUUCUGAAAGCGCAACUCCGCAAGACUCCGGUUGCUCCAGAUGUCGACAUCAACUACAUUGCCAGCAAGACUCACGGCUUCUCAGGUGCCGAUUUGGGCUUCGUCACUCAACGUGCCGUCAAGCUUGCCAUCAAGCAGUCAAUCGCCGCCGACAUUGAGCGCCAGAAAGAACGUGAAGCCGCUGGUGAAGAUACUACCAUGGACGAGGAUGUCGAGGAUCCGGUCCCGGAGCUCACCAAAGCUCACUUCGAAGAGGCCAUGCAAGCUGCUCGACGAUCUGUCAGCGAUGUGGAGAUCCGACGAUACGAAGCCUUUGCUCAAGCUAUGAAGCAGAGUGGCGGCAGUGCUUUCUUCAAGUUCCCAUCUGCAGGAGAGAGCGCCGAUGCUGCGAAUGGCAAUGGGUUUGGUGAGGCUGGCAAUGACGAUAGCUUGUACGAUUAAGCGACGGAAUAAGACUACGGUAAUGGCUACUGGUGAACAAGAUCGCACUCAUCUGCAUGAUCGUGGAGUGUGGAAGAUGAUCCGGCGUUGAGAAUCACAUAGGAUCUUGCAGGCCAAGUGCGGAAAGAAGUACACUAUCACACUAUUAUGGAGGCAAGGCCUGAUGCAUUUCCUGCAAGUGGGCCGGCAAAGUUGUAUUCUAUCUAGAGAAUGAAGUGCAAGCAAAAUAGAUUGGUUGUGAACAUUGCGA